AUGUCCAGCCCGCGCUACUCAGAACAGAUCCCCGAACUUUCAUCCGCAAGUACUGGUAGUGAGAACGGUCUUGCCUAUCAUCAUGACCCAGCUACACCAGACACCGACCGAUACGCCUUCAGCGAGGCAGACUUUGCCAGCUCGUCCUACGCUGGCGAUCUCGACCAAUUCCAGCUCGAUGAGUAUGGCAACCUGGCUGUCCCUGAACUCCCAGAGCUCAGUGGCUAUGGGGCAAAUGGCAUCUUACCGCCCACGACCACGCAGGAAUCCAACGCCGACGGAUCCUGGCUGGUAGACGAGAACAGUCGUAUCAACCUCGCAAGCGUUCACGGCGCUACCAAACCCGCGGACAGUGAGCCGUUCCCACACGAUCUGUACACACGCCAACACUCCAUCGUGCCACCUCCUCCUGCGCGUGUGGUCUGCGAUGGAUGUGAAAGCAUCACGACAAUCACUGCUCAGCCUGGUCAAUUCAUUGCUGCUGUACCGGUUCCAUUCUACUGCGACAGGUGCAUCAUUAGUGCCAUCGAAGAUGCCGACCAAACGCCUCGGCAAGGUGUACCAAUACCGAAACAACAAAAUCAUGGCAUAAAAUCUUCCGUGCCGAAGCCGGCGUUCGGGUGUGAUAUUGGUAAUUGCACCACUACUUGCGGGCGCCAAUAUGACCUGAUCCGGCACCAGCAGAGAGUCCACGGACUGAGCAAGGUGCACUACGAGUGUGACGUCUCUGGGUGUCCGAUAAAAUGCAACAGAUCGGAUAAGAUGAGGGAACACUGUCGGAAGCGUCACGGUCAGCAGUUCGGCGAGGAACGAUUCAGAGAAGUGGCCGACUAG